GUGGGUAGUGGCGAUAAUAGGUGAGCUGAUGCUAACUCCCAGUGUCAGCAGAACUAUCGUUGCAAAUUGUCACACUAAAGUAUUUCUACUUUCACACACGUGUUUACCGUCUUUCGCAACGUACGUGCACAUGACUGGCGGGAUUCUGAGAUCGCAAAAAAUUUUCACGUGACUAAAUCCUACAUUCUGAUUGGUCGUAUUUCGCUACUGGUUUUUUGGCAAUACUAAGUAUUUGAGAAUUUUAUAGUUUCACAUUCCCGUUCAAAAGAAAAUCCAUUUCUGGGAGAUGUAUGGCUUGGUGCACUAUUUUUUAUGUCAAUGAUUUUUUGCAGGAAAAGUUUGUUGAAGUCCUGAAGCAGGUGUUUAGCCGAAGACAGCCAAGUCAGAUGAUGGGCAUGAGUGGCCCUCAGCAGCUCAUGGCGAACCAGCAGCUCCCCCAACAUUCAGGCGUUUCUGCUUUGCCAGGCCAACAGCAGAUGAUCAUGAGUGCCCCACAACCCAAUCAGCCAGGCACAAGUGCAGAUCCAUCAAUGAUUUCAGGCAUGAAUGUCAGCGCUCCUAUGAACAUGGUUGGAAUGCAGCCUCAGCCCACACCACAACAAAUGUCACAGUCAAGGGCAGAAAAGAAUAAGCAACUGGAAAAAAUAAUCAUGGUACUGGAGAGGUCUUCGCCCGAACAACAGCAGCAGUUGUUUCAGAAAAUGCCGCAGCUCACCCCUGAGAUGCAGCAGUCAUUGCUGCAGAGAGUCCAUGCCUUGCGACUACAGAAGCAGCAGCUCCAAAGGCAACAACAGCAGCAACAACAACUCCAUGCUAUGAACCAGCAACAGCAACAACAAGGAGGUAUGAUGGGUGGCCAGAUGCCUGAUGUAAUGGGCCAACUGGGGAUGAGUGGAGGGCUGGGGCAGCAGCAACAGUCCCAGUCCUCCCAGAUGGCGAGGCAGCAGCAGACACAGGCCAUGUCUCAGGGAGGGAUGGGGAUGCAGAUGGGAAUGCAAAGGGCCUCAAUGCAAGCACAGCAACAACAGCAGCAACAACAGCAGCAACAGCAACAACAACAGCAACAGCAACAACAGCAGCAGCCUCCAGGGAUGGAUCGCAACACUUUUCAGUGGCAGUCUCAGUAGCUAUUGCAAAUUGUGUCUUGUGUCACAUCACCCGGCCGAUCAUGAUAAUAAUAGUUUAGCAACUAAACGCAUUUUUGGUGAGAAAAGUGGGUAUUUCAAUUUUUCGCAUGUGUUUCUGCGCGUAUUUAGUCAAACAUUGUAAGUGCAGGUCACAACAUAAUUAUAGAAAAUCCCAAAUUCA